AUGGAUAGCUUGGAAGAAAAGGGUCUUUUAGUUUCUGCUUCGGUUGAGCAGCGACUGCAACAUGCUGAGAUGUUUUUGAGAGGUGCUUACAGUAUCACGGAUGUUACUGUGAAGUAUCGUCAACGACUUUUUCAAGUUAAGCAGAAAACCAAUGAGCUUAUUGGUAUUAGUAUUGCCAACGAUGAGUUGCUGGAUAAGUUUGUUCGUGGGUUGCGACCAAAUUAUCAGAAAGCGGUGACGACUAUUUAUGCUCAUGUUCGUGAUACCAACGAGUUAUGUAGUGUCUUAACUCUUUGGGAAGCCUCUUAUAAUGAGUCUGGUGCUACUGUAAAUGUUGUUAGUACUGGUGAAGACUCGGUUAAUGUUGAAGGUUCUCAAGUGGGCCAAGGACUUCAGAGUCAAGAAAGUGCUCAAGUUAAAGUUAAGGUCCCUACUAAGUGUUGGUAUUGUAAUGGUACUGGUCAUAUGAAGCGAGAUUGUGAUCUCUGGAAGGCUAAACAAUUGAGUCCGGGUUCUGUGAAUGCAGCACCAGCGGUUGCUGUACCAGCAACUACCAAACCUAUUGGUAAUAAAAGUUCUGAUCAAGAUCCUGCUAGUGUUGCUACUCGAGGAUUUGAGAAAGUAUCGGUUAUCUCUGCUAUAGUGAGUGGUUGCUUCUUUGCUUCUCUAGAGGAUGGCGACAAGAAGGAGUUAGUGAAAUCCGUUAAAUUCAAGUCAAUGCUACUUGCUAACAUAUCGAGCAUAGCUAUUGAUGGUGCGACUUCUGAUACCAUUGAUGUCAAUGAUCAUAUUGCAGUAGUUCAACCGGAUGAGGUUGUCCUGUAA